GAUACCUGUGCUGUGGCGCUAUCUUUUGGAGUUGUAGAACCGAAAUUGACUGUUCUCCAACGGUAGACGACGACGAACGGUGACGACGAAUCGUCAUAUCGAAGAGGCCAGCCAGGACGGGGCACGGGGUACAAGCAGGGGACUGUGGAAGUGUGGAACACGACUCGACACAACCUGAACAGUACCUACGACAUACGUCAAACAUGGCCGAAGCCGCCGUAGACGGGGCUCCAAUGCCUCGAUUUUUUUGUCACAGAUGCAGCGUUGAAAUUCAGCACCUCCUACCUGAUUAUAUUUGUCCACACUGCUCGACUGGAUUCAUUGAAGAGGUAGAUGCCAGAGGCAAUGACGGCGGCACUGACAUGGAUAUUAGCAGCGAAGAGCUGAGCGACGCAGAGGGUGAUGCUUCCGAUUAUGGUUUCCAACGUUCUAAUAGAGAUGAGCUGCGUGAACUCUUUUUUGAGCUCUCAGAAGCUAGCGGUGCAAUGGCCAGUGGUAUGGCUGCACCACCAGGAGUUGUCGGUGGCUCCAAUAGCGGAAGGAGUGGAACUCAAGGAGGUGAACGACACGCCCUAGGAAAUGAUCCGCGUAAUCCUGGAAGGGGUGGCCUAAGGCAAGUUAUGGGACUACCUAUUGAUCAUCUGAUACAAGAUUUCAUAUUUAACUUGUCUGGAUGGGGUGUGCCAGUAGGUCAAGGACAAACUCCUGUACUUUUCUUGGGCAAUCCUGGAGAUUAUGUUUGGGGCCGAGAUGGAUUGGAUGCAAUAGUUACACAAUUAUUGAAUCAAAUGGAAGGUACAGGACCACCUCCAUUACCUCGUGAACAAAUAGAUCAGAUACCUAGUACUACAGUCACCCAAGAACAAGUAGAUGUGAAGCUCCAGUGCUCGGUCUGCUGGGAAGACUUUAGACUAGCUGAACCCGUGAGGCAGUUACCCUGUCAACACUUUUACCACGCUCCCUGCAUUGUACCCUGGCUGGAACUGCAUGGCACGUGCCCGAUUUGCAGACAAAGUUUGGGCGACCAAAAUUCGGUAGAAGCUAAUCAAGACACAGUUGCUCCAAAUCUAGCUGCUUUUUUUCAGGGCAGUCAAUGAAUCGAGUAAUAGUAGAACUUCCUCUACCUAGUCCACGUCAGCUGGGAGCAGUGCCACCGGUGAUUACAACUAACAAAAUUCGAAUCAAGUAUCCAUGAUUGCUGUGUCGCCGCCCCUGACCUGCUACAACUCCUUCUCCCACUGUGUGCCAUUCAUGUAAAAACUAUGACACCAAUAGCUCAAUCUUUCAUCCAGGCCCUAUUCCUUGAUGGCAUCAUUUUUUCCUCUCAGAGACUUUUCAAGGUAAACUGACGAAAUUUGAUAUCCUUUGACUUAUCGUUGAAAUUACUUUUCAAUAGACUGCUUGGCACUGAUAAAUUUUGACUUCGCCCCGUCCCAUCUUAAUUGAUUUAUCGUCGUCUCGUCGUCAAUUUGGGGGAUUAUUCAUCUGCUUGUCAGAUCUACCGUUUGAAACUAAUUCCAUGCCUGGUGUCAGUCAUGCAAGUUCACAAAAAAUAAUAAUAAUAUUAAUAAUAAUAAAUGGGGCAUCACCCCAAUACCCCAAGUCAUUGUAUUUUAUUUAAUUGCAUCAUUCAGUUUGGUUUGCUCACUAUCAAAAUUCUGUAAUAGGGUUGUCAGGGUGCUGUUAUACUUUCUGUUGGAGCAAAUAUUUUGAUCAGAUCAAUCAGAAAAUCCAUCGGUGGACGAACCAGAGGGCGCGUAUUCGAUUCAAUUCCUAUCAUAACUGUACUUUGCUAAGAAUAAUUCUGUAAAUCAAAUUUAAUUAUCAUACAUACGCAUUGAGACGUAUGGGAGACUUCAAUUACUUGUAAUUGAUGGAACAAGGAAAUGAAGAGGAUGACGUACGCUCAGCCUGAAUAAGUCUCAAUAUAUUAUCUCUAUAGAUUAUUAGAAGAAAUUAAUAAAUCACCGAUUAGCGAUGUGAUAGAACUUUUGGAAAGCAGACCAUCCAAUCAUUUAAUUUCGGAUGUGAUCUUUGAAGUAUGUCAGAUAGGAAAAUAUAAUUAAAGAUAAUUGUUGACUAUAGAAUUACUGAUUUUUAUUUUAUUUCUACGGCUUAAUGCCAAAAAGAUUUCGAAUUGAAGAAGUGUAAUAAAUUUUGUCACCUAGCUUUAGACCUCAUCUCUAUAUCAUACAUAACACGUGCACUACAUUGAAAGUAAUCUGAUAUUAUGAGGAAGAACGUAGAAAAUACCCAGCCCGCUUCACACAUUAUGCAACGUGAUUUCCUGUACAAUGGAGCUGCUUUUCAAUUUUUAAAGCUCACAAGUAUCAAAGCCAACAGAUAAAAGUGAAAUAUAUUUAUUUCGGAAAAUA